AUGAAGAGCUCCUUCUUGACACUGGCUCUCUUCUUCCUCUUCUGCGCCCUGGCUGCUGGCCAAGAGUGCAAGGUGGACAUCGUACAGACUCUCGGUAGCGCGUGGACCGUGAACGGCCAGGCCUACUCCCAGUGGAGCGUCACCAUCACGGCCGGCCCCAAGGACGUCAAGUCGCUCACCCUCUCCAUCAGCGGCAACUUCGACCAGCUGUGGGAGAUCACCAAGGACUUCCGCGGCCUCUACGUGCUGCCCGACUACGUCCUGCAGGGCGGCGGCAUCCACGCCGGCAAGACCCACAACUUCGGCUACAUCAUCAAGUCACAGAGCAAGGCCAUCAUCGACAUCGAGUUAGUCGACUGCCAGGGUCUGACGCCCUCGGCUCCUCCCGCCUCACCCUCGGCCGCCCCGGCCUCGCCCUCGUCGUCGCCCGCCGGCCCGCAGCCCUCAUCCUCUUCCGCUCCGGCCUCGCCGUCGGCCUCCUCGCAGCCCAGCACCGGUGGUUGCAAGGUGACCACCCAGCAGACCGCCAGGUCCGCCGCCGAGGGCGGUCAGUGGAAGGAUGCCACCUACACCUACCAGAUCUACGACCUCGCGGUCAAGAACGCCGGCGACAAGGUGGUGACCACGGCCCAGCUGACUCUCACCCUGGCCUCGGGGGCCUCGUUCUACCAGUUCUGGAACCUGGAGCGCAAGGAGGCCAGCGAGACCUUCUUCGUGCCCAACUACGGCGGCAUCCAGGUCGGCGCCACGCAGACCGCCGGCUACGUCGUGCGCACCCCGCUCACCAACGGCGCCCCUACGGCGCCCAUCGUCCACGUUGACUCGACCACCUGCAGCGGUGGCUCCGCCCCCUCGUCGGCCCCGUCAUCUGUCCCUUCGUCGGCCCCGUCGUCGCCCUCGCCGUCGACCAUCGUCAGCUCGCCCCAGCCUAGCACCGCCCCCGGUGCCUGCAGCGCCAAGGUGAGCAUCGUUGCCCGCUCGGGCUCCAACUGGCAGGACGCCUCCGGGUUCAACCAGCUCUACGACAUCACCAUCACCAACACGGGCUCCCGCGCGAUCAACGGCGGCCAGGUCACGUUCGGCCUCGGGUCGGGCGUGGGCGUGACCCAGUACUGGGAGCUCAACCGCAAGACGGCCAACGUGUUCGGCAUCCCGACCACCUACGGCCCGCUCCAGGUGGGCGCCUCGCAGGGCGCUGGCAUCGUCGCCACCCGCAACCAGGCCCCCAUCCCGCUGCCCACCGUCACCCUCGACUCGGUCACCUGCAACUAA